AGUGUUUCCGAAGGCUUUGUAUAGGGGAGGAAGCCGCUCCGUGAACACCAAUGAUGACAGCGGACGGAAGGGGCGUGUCCUAGCGCCAGGGAAACUGCAGCAAGAUGGCGGCGUGUGUGAGACAGGAUCUAACCCAACUUAUGAAUUCGAGCGGAUCCCACAAGGAUCUAGCUGGGAAGUAUCGUCAAAUACUAGAAAAGGCUCUUCAGCUUCCUGGACAAGAACAACUUGAAGCUCUAAAAGCAUUUGUUGAAGCAAUGGUAAAUGAAAAUGUCAGCUUGGUGAUCUCGCGUCAGCUGCUCACUGACUUCUGCACUCACCUACCCAAUCUGCCUGAUAAUAUAGCAAAGGAAAUAUAUCAUUUCACCCUGGAAAAGAUCCAGCCCAGAGUCAUUUCUUUUGAAGAGCAGGUUGCAUCAAUUAGACAGCACUUGGCAUCCAUUUAUGAGAAGGAAGAAGACUGGAGAAAUGCAGCCCAGGUACUCGUUGGGAUACCUCUGGAAACCGGACAGAAGCAGUACAAUGUAGACUAUAAACUAGAGACCUACCUUAAAAUUGCUCGAUUGUAUCUGGAAGAUGAUGAUCCUGUGCAGGCUGAAGCUUACAUAAAUAGGGCUUCUUUGCUGCAGAAUGAGUCUACCAAUGAGCAGCUGCAGAUCCAUUACAAGGUUUGCUAUGCCCGUGUUCUUGAUUACAGAAGAAAAUUUAUUGAAGCUGCACAAAGGUAUAAUGAGUUGUCCUACAAAACCAUAGUUCAUGAAAGUGAAAGGAUGGAAGCAUUAAAGCAUGCAUUGCAUUGCACUAUACUGGCUUCUGCAGGACAGCAGCGUUCCAGAAUGCUGGCAACCUUGUUCAAGGAUGAACGAUGCCAGCAGCUUGCAGCCUAUGGAAUUCUAGAAAAGAUGUAUCUGGACCGGAUCAUCAGGGGAAACCAGCUCCAAGAGUUUGCAGCCAUGCUUAUGCCUCAUCAGAAAGCCACCACUGGAGAUGGAUCAAGUAUUUUGGACAGAGCCGUCAUAGAACAUAACUUGUUAUCAGCAAGCAAACUCUACAACAACAUUACCUUUGAGGAGCUUGGAGCCUUGUUGGAGAUACCAGCUGCCAAGGCAGAAAAAAUUGCAUCUCAGAUGAUUACAGAGGGUCGGAUGAAUGGUUUCAUUGACCAGAUUGAUGGUAUUGUACAUUUUGAAACACGUGAAGCUUUGCCAACAUGGGAUAAGCAGAUUCAAUCUUUAUGUUUCCAAGUGAAUAAUCUGUUAGAAAAGAUUAGCCAGACUGCGCCUGAGUGGACGGCUCAAGCAAUGGAAGCACAGAUGGCACAGUGAGCAUUGAGUACACUCUACUGAAAGAUUGACUUCAAUUUCACAGUAUGGUCAGAAGCGGUUUUGCAGAAUAUACCUAACCAUGCAUUUGCCACAGGCUAAAGAAGAUGUUUCCAGUGGCCCUGUCUAACCAUUCUCCUGCUUAACAAUUUUGUGUUUUCUUUGUUUGUUUUUUUCCCCUCAAAACAGACAUUUCAGUAAAUAUUUAAUGUGUUGUGACUUUUUUAGGUCAUGGCACUGAAUAUGAAAGUUGGGGUUGGAUGAGGAGACAGAAAUAAAACGUAUGCACUUAUGAUGUUUUCAAA